CUGUUUCAUUGAUCCCGGUCUUCUUAGCAAUAUUUUUAUAGAACUUGGCAUAAUGAUGCCAUUUUCGCGUAAAUGUGAAAGUGAGGCAGACUAUAUUGGCCUCCUUCUAAUGGCGCAAGCAUGUUAUAAUCCGGAAGAAGCAAUAAAUAUGUGGAAAAGAAUGAGUAAAGCUGAAAAAGUAGCACCACCACAAUUUUUAAGCACGCAUCCAAAUCCUGAGGCAAGGAUAAAAAAAAUUAGCGAAUGGUUGCCUGAAGCACUGCAAAAGAGAGCGGAAAGUGAUUGUGUAAAUCAAUUUGCGGGUUUUAAAAGUACAACAGAACAUUUCAGACCAUUAUGGGUUAUUUGGUAA